UUUACGGAAGCGGACACGGCCACUGCAAAGAUGGAGGACGAUAUCUCAGAUUCGAGCAGACCGCAAAUGUACUUGUUCGGUUGUACCCUGAAAUCGGACAAAAGGGAGUUCAAAGUUGAUGUAGACGACGAUGAUACGGAGCAACAGCUGUCACUCAAAGCAGUGUGUCUGGGGGCCGAGGCCGAGGAUAAGUUCCACAUGGUGGAAGUCGAGGGUCUGACUUAUGAUGGGAAAGCAACCAAAGUGCCACUAGUUGCUCUGAAACCGUCCGUCCUGCCCUCUAUGAGUUUAGGGGGAUUCGAGAUCACACCUCCAGUUACCUUUCGUCUUCAGUCCGGCUCUGGACCAGUUCACAUCAGCGGGCAGCAUUUUGUCAGUGUGAAGGAUUCAGAUGAUGAAGAAGAGGAAAACAACUCGUCACCGGUGAAGCGGCCUGCAAGUCUGAUGUCGGGGAAGAAGCCUCUGUUGAAAAAACUAAAGAUGGAAUCAGACGACGAUGAAGAAGACAGCGACGACGAUGACGAUGAUGAUGAAGACGAUGACAGCGACGAGAACGAUGUGAAGCCUCUGAAGAAUGUCGGGAAAGAUGCCAAAAAAAGUUUGGAGUCCUCAAAGAAGCCCAACAAGACGCCAGUGAAACAAAACGGUCCUGCAGGAAAACCAUCCGGCUCAGGAAUCAAACCACAGAUGAAGACACCUGCCCCGGGAAAAGACAAACCCCAGGCCGGCCCGUCUAAAUCUCCCUCCCUGACCGAGAUUAAGAGCAAGUUGUCAACGACCGCCAAGGAGGGAAAAGCUCUCCCGAAGACGGAGCAGAAGUUUGAGAAUUUCAUCAAGAGUUCUUUUAAAAUCUCUGACAAGAAAGUGAUCAAGGACCUUUGGAGUUUUGUACAAACACUGAAGAUUGGGAAGAAGUAACAAACCUUUACAAUUUGAAGCAUUUUUUAUAUGUUUUGCAUCCUGCAAGACAUUUAAAGGCACAGUCAGCGACAUUUCCUACAUGGCCUUAUUAUGUCAUCAUUACUAACUCUGAGUUGGAGUGAAGAUGGACUGAGGGUUAGAUAUAUGGGGAAAGACAUUACUGAUUCAGAUUUCUUCUUUUCUUUUAGUUGGUAAGAUGUGAAGCACCUCCUGAAGCUAGUUUGCAAUUCACAUUUGAAUGAACUCAAUCAGCCACGUUCAGCAGGUUGCAGAUUUUCUAAAAGUAGUAGCUUCAUCAAAUGCAAAUCUGAACCACUUACAAGGAAGGAAAGGAAUAACAAUACCCAUUAGGAUCUGCAGAUAUGGCUGCAUUCCAAUAUCUAUGAAUCAUAAACAUUUGGCAUCCUUUGAUACAUGGAUGUUAAACUUGGUGAUAUUCUUCAGUAGAUACACUACAGAGAUUCACUCUGGUUAGCACUGCUCCUAUACAUUUCCCUUGAUCUCCAAGAUUUACAAUUUUCCAACAGAAUUCAAAUUGGGCUACAGACUAUUAAGUUAGCCUGUUCAAGAAUGUUAAAAGCACAGUGCUAUGACGAGGUAGCAUGUCCCGAUUGUUUGCAUACUUCAUGCUAAGUAUGUUCUUUGUGAGGAUGGCUGCAGUGUAAAAAAAAAAAAAAGUUGAUGCAAUUUUUUAAACUUGCUUCACCUAAAGGCAAUACAAGUUGCACAUGCAAAUAUCUAUAGCUGAUUUAAAUAAGAGAUAUGUCGGUUAUUAGAUAACAAAGUUUACUCAGAAGAGUCCAGACAGAAUCUAGUGAAGUCACUGCUUGGAUUUUGGUUUUCUGGUCAUACCUUGUUUAACACAAAGAUACCUUUGCUGUCUGUGAGGUUUGGAAAUGUAACUUUUAAUAUAUCACUACAAGGAGAAAGACAUGUUUAAACUCUACACACCAGGGUUCUUUGAUGUACAUUAUAAAAACUCAACCAGCUGCUGACUGCAGGUGGAGAAACCUUCUAGUUUGCAGAAGUUAUUCCUUUCCUUGCUUGUAGACGGAGAGAUUGGUAUGCCUACAUUUCUUUUUACAAAGUUGGGUUAUGUUGCCUGGAACUGCACCUUACAAUCUGCUAAUGCUGCUGCUCUUGCAGUGUGAUGCUAUGAGCUGAGCCUAGUUUCAGGUGCUUCGCAUCUAUGACACCGUGUUCUUAAGUCCACAAUGCAAUAGGAGAUAUUGCAGAAUGUGCCUUUAAAUAUCUCUACUGUAAACUGAGAGUCACCAGAUGUGUGAAUUUGAGCCGUGAUUACAAGGAUGGUUAAGACAUCUGAGCGGGGGGGAGGGGGGGACAGUGAUGACAUCUUUCCUCUUGAGAUGUUUUUGUGUUAUUUUAAGUUGUGUCUGGCUUUAAAAUGCAUUUUUAGCUUACAAAACUUUCUGAUUGUACUAUGAAUCUGAGAAAUUGCUUGAUACAUAUUGAACAGAAACUGGUCAGUUUAUGUUGAGAUGACAGGUUUAUUUUUUUCUGUCCUUCAAUUUUGGUUAGAGCAACCCCUGCAGCAGAACAUACCUGUAAUAAUCAGGUGUUUUCUAUAACUCUUAAGGGCCAACAACACAAACACAACAAAAUAUUAUUAUGUCUUUAUUUGAACUCGAAAAUCAUUGAAAGCAUAGCCUUCAUUUACAAUGACGUCGAGCAGGAUAAACAAUGAAAAAUAAAAAAUAUACAUAUAUAUGUACACUUACACAUAUACUUACACAUAUUCUUAUAAUAAUAAGAAGUAUUCAAAUCAAAAUCAAUUAAACAUGAGCAAACAGAAGUAAGGGAGUUAAUAAUUAAAGAUCUAAAAUGCAAAUAAUCGAAAGAGUCUUUCUAAAACAUUUCACUUUAAAAAAAAAAAAAAAAGCAAUCUGGAAACAUUACGACCGAAACAUCUACAUCUAUGUUUGCAGUUUUAAUCUCACUACUGUUGCGCAUUUUCUUCAUCAUGUAAACAUUUGACUAAACAGGACGUGUGUCAGCCAUUGCUUUACAUCCUGGCAUUUCUGAACAGUGUUAUAUCUUAGUGUUUUAAUUAGAGCCUGACCGAUUCAUCAGCCAGCCGAUAUUAGCGUAUCAAGUGACUAUCGGUGUCGGCUAAUUUUAUCGCAGACAUGCGCGGAUGUUACUAGAUUUAUUCACCAGUCAAAGAAUCUCUUUCACCAGCAGAGGGCGCUAUAUGGAUUAUAACAAGCAUCAUCACUCUCCAGAGUGUCAAGCUGCAACACACAGGCGCAGUUACUUUCCAGUUCAGUGACCAUCAUGUCCUCGUUAUCCUGUAUGUCUUUAGUGUUUGAUAACGCAUUCAAUGUUUAUUUCUACAUCGACCCACUUCUACAGAUCGACGAUAGAUCAAAGAAAGAUAUCGGCCGAUUUAUCGGUAUCUGAUUUUUCUCUCUUCCUAAUGUCGACAUAUCUGCAUCACCCCCAAAAAUCUCAUAUCGGUCGGGCCCUAGAUUUAAUACUUCAUUACUUCACAUUUAUAUUAGCAUCAUGGAAACAUGCAGAACCUGCAAAUGUUACAAACACGCUGACUCGACCCGUUCAGAGCGAAUUAAUUCAUAUCAAGCCCGUUAACGUGUGUCAUAACCUAAAGGGUGAUUACAGAUCAAGUGUUCAGAAGAGCGAUACACAAAACCUUACAAAGAGUAUUAUGAGGUGCAUAAAAGCAACACGGAUAGACGCACAGACUAAAAUGAUUUUAUAAACACAACAUACACAGCAAGUUAAAAACACGGCUAACUAGCUCCAGGAGUAAAAUUUACGACGUGUAAUCAACGCUGUUAAAACAUAUUACAGGCCUAUGAUUAACACAGACUUUCUUAUUUAUUGCAACGUAAUCACAAGGUGUAUAUCAGAGGGACAUGAGAGCCCGUAAAGAAGUCAAACCCGGUAAUUGUUUGCACUCUUGUGUAUCAGCGCUCUGGUGACAAUAAGCACUCACACCGGCUCUGCGUAUGAUGUGUUUAUGAUCCUGUUUGAGGCCUUUUUACGAGACAAAUGUUGGCGGCUGGGUACCAUCUUAAGCCAAUCAAAUCACUUUGUCUAACCUAAAAAAAACUAUUUAAAAUUCCUUACCUAUAAACUGUACUGUGUUAAUGUGUCAUCAAAGUCGCUCUGGUCAUUUACCGUAUCAGUAGAUUUUAAAUUACGUCUGAAAUUUCUCAGUUUUCAGAAGGAGCAGCAUUUCUCAUGGUUUGUGUACGAGUUCCUUCAGAAGUCCUUCAUCAAUACUUUCUUUGAACACUUCCCUUGUAUCAAACCAAUUGAACGUCUCUGUAAAUACAUCUCUUGCUUUUUUUUAAAGUACGGCAGCUGAAUUAUGAUAUUUUUUUUUUUUUAAGUGUAUGCGUAAUCCGCCCUCGCUAAUCGCUGAUUUUGCAGCUUGAAAAUGUUGUAAUGAUCUUUUAUUUGAAACAUUGUGUUUGCUUGUUUGGAGUAGACGUGUGAUUUAGUUGUUAAAUAGUUUUUAAUUUCUUUCCUGUUUUUUUUUCUUGUGUGAACUUUUUUUUUUACCUUUUUUUUUUUUUUAACUCUGCUGUCGUUGUAUCUUGGAGUCACUCUCCUUUUGAUUCCGUGCUGAGAGGAGUUUUGAAGCCAUCAUGAUGUCCAACGACGCAUCUUUGUGUAGUGACAACAAAAUCAAUUUGAAGUUAAGGUCCCUGAAAUGCUAUUGGCAAAAAAUGAUGUUAGAAACAACAUAAAGUUGUCUUGGUUUUUAGCAGUAGUGUACGACGGAGGAUUAGGGCCAUGUUAAAAAAAAAAAAAAAAAUUAAUUUAAAAAUUUAAUUUACGACUUAAAUCUUGUAAAUUUACGACUUUAUUCUUGUAAAUUUAGGACUUUAUUCUCGUAAAUUUACGACUUAAAUCUCGUAAAUUUACGACUUUAUUCUCGUAAAUUUACGACUUUAUUCUCGUAAAUUUACGACUUUAAUCUCAAAAUUAAAAAAGAGUUAGAUUAUUUGAACGUGGCCCUAAUCCUCCGUCGUAGUAGCGAGUAUCUCCGGUUGUAUGAGACUAUGGGACGCGUAGGUUGAUGUUUUAUUGACCCCCUCUCUUUCUCUCUUUUUUUUUCCUUUGUGUUUUUGUCUACAACCUAAAUGACCUUCUGUAAAAACAUCAGUAAUGAGUGACAGUUGGAUUCAUCGAGCCUCUGCUGCAUGUGUCCGGUUAUCUUAAAAUGUAAAGCUGAUUCUCUGAUUGUCCAAUCUGAGUGUGUUUGAGUACAUGAUAUCUGUGCAGACUCGACUUGAAAAGUGCAUUUUGUCCAUGUAGCCGGUCUUUAUUGAUUUCUUCAUGCAUGACUGCUGAUGCUAGAUUUUCAUUCUGUCAUGGUUUGUUGAGAUGAACUUGUCCAUCCAUAUUUCUUUUUUUAAACCUUCCUGUAACAUGUACCUGAAUAAAGCGAACCCCAGAUGGUUUUAAGUUUCA